UUAAAGUGUAGAAAUUUCAGGGCUGCUCGACUAACUAGUUGAGGAUUUCACACGGAAAAAAACACUUCAGGCAGAAAUAAAGACUCAUGGGAAAGCCUUAGACGUGGAUGACCUACAGAAGAAUAGGAAUUGAGAUGAUUCAUGUUUCACGGACACCAGAAUUCUUCAAUUGUGGAAACAUGAAUUUAAUCCCGGACACAUUCUCUGACCACAAUCUGGAAUCUAUGGCUAGAAGCAGAACCAGACAAAGGUCUCACUCCUAUUACAAUGCAGAGUUAAAAAAGCCUUAUGGUGUGGACACACAGAAAGAAGAAACCUGUUUAAGACCUCGAUCUAGGUCUUUUUACAGUUAUGAGACAUCAGAAGAUGACAUAGGACACUUUACAACCUCCCCUACGUCAAAGAAGAUGCAAAGCUCACCGCUAAAGUAUCAAGCAACCAAAAAGGAGGAAAGAGACCGGGAUGUGUCGGUUGUUGAGUUCACCUCUAAGAAGUCAAAGCAUAAACCAAACAAGCAAUCACCCUCUAGAGAAACCUGUGGCAGUAAAUGCCAUCUCAAGCAAGUUUCCAUGAUGACCAUCUCUGAAGCAGACAACUGGGAGAUUUGUUCCAGCUCUGGGAUGAAGUAUGGGCAGUUUGUGGACUGGGAGAAAAUUGAUCCUGAAGCUGCAAAAAAAUAUCAACAAAUCCUACGGAGUGAGCACCAGCAGCUUAAAACUAUGGCUCGGGAAGGAUUUUGGGCCAUGCCACACACACUAAGGGCCAAAGCUUAUUAUCACAUCAUCCACAGCAUCAAUUCUAUAAGGGCUGUAACUCCAGACAGAGAUGUCUACUAUGAACUGGCCAAGAAGCUAUUUGGAGAACAAAAACUUAGCAGCCACCCAGUCCCGAAGUAUAUGGAAGAUGGAGAAAUACCAAGAUACUGCCUCAACAAAGCAGGCCUGAAUUCUGCAAAAAAGGUUCUUCUUUGCCUCGGAAAAUACUUCAUAGACAUGAACUUCUGCCCCAUUCUACCCGCCCUGGUGUCCCUCAUCCUCCACUUCAGCGAGGAUGAAGCUGAAUGUUUCUACAGUGUGUCCCAACUUAUCUGCUACAAUGAUCCCAACAAGCGCUACAUUGACCAGACCUUCCUCACCUACCGUGCUUCCUGUAUGACCUUUGGAGACCUUGCCAACAAAUGCUGCAGAGGCAUCCGCAAGCUGAUCGCCAGCUCCCACCAGAACCUGUUUGAGUUUUACUCUGACUGGAUCAUGUGGAUAUUUGCUGACCUUCCGUUCACAUAUGCCAUUAGAGUUCUAGACGUCUACCUACUGGAGGGCUACAAGGUCCUCUACAGGGUUGCUCUGGCUUUGCUUGGCCUCUAUAAAGUAUCGGUGUCAUCUCGAGUGGCAGAUGUGGAAGACUUCAGAACAGACAUGAAAAGAUUUGUGCAAAAUGUAGCUCGCCACUGCCCAGCUGAGAAGCUCCUAGAAAGAGCCUUCAAGAUUUCAGUACCCACAAGGAGAGACCUUAACCUACUGUUCACUGCCAAUAAAGAGUCACUCAUACUGAAAGGUGUCAGCAUAGACCAGAAAAGGCUACCAGUAGAGACAGUGGAUUUCAACAACUUUCGUUCCAGUGUUGUAACAGGGACUGAGAUGAGAGUCAUCUGGGCCUGGAUACCUGAGCGCUUUGCCCUCUUCAGUCCCUUCAGGUUGUUCAGCACAGCUGAGCAUGAAAGGACUCUUGCUUCAUUCUAUUCACAUGUAGAGGGACACGAACCAGCUGUCAUGAUUAUUAAAACUGUGGAUGAAGAGGUAUUUGGUGCCUUCUUGUCAACAGAUGUAGCAGAAAGAAGAAAACAUGAUUCAGAGGAACUUGCAUACUUUGGAACUGGGGAGUGUUUAGUUUUCACGCUGCGUCCCAACAUGGAGCUCUACCAGAGAUCUAUGGUCAAUAUAAUGAGCCGAAGAGCUUCUCCUGAGCAACUUCGAGGCAGCAUUAGUGCUUCCCCUCAGGCGUCAACUAAUGGCAACAUCCCCUCCAGCACAACUCUGACCUGUCCUGCUGGGACACUGCAAAAUCCCAGCUAUCUGAUGGUCACUGCACCAGUGGAGGAAUCCAUGUCUGCUAAAGAGCCCAAGAGGCCUAAGGAGCAAGAGGCAUCCAAGUUCAUAGCAGGCGAUGACAAUCAGCUUAUUAUUGGUGUGUUAGUGAAACAUAUUGUGGUGAUGGAGGCCAUGCUCUCUGCCUGCAAAGAGACCUACAUGGGGGUUACACAGAGCCGUGUGAAACUUUUAAGAGCAUCGCACUCUGCAAGAGAGACUUCAAGAUCCAGUCCCUGGAAGUGUGGGGCAUCCAGAACUCCAUUUCCUUUUCUCAUUGUUUUCCUUCUAAGUGAGUUAGAGAAAACAGCACUGUGACUAAAUUGUGUAUUUUUGUAUAGUUAAGUGAGAUUUUAGUUUGUUAAUCAAAGUUUAUUUGUACAGAUUUGGGUUGCAUGCAAUGUCUUAGUGAACUUUAAAAUCCAGGUAAACAAAGGUUGUAAUCUCAGGGCAGCUCUGAAGGAACACAAUGAUGCUCUUUAUGGUGCAUAUACUCACUUUUCUGUGAUGAAUCUAGGAGAACUAGUUUUAUAAUACUCUGUAAUAACUAAGGCACUACAUUGACUAAAGGAUAAUAUUUGUAAACAUGCUUUGAAAAUUGCAACUCCAUCUGGUUUUAACUGGGAAAACAGUAACCUGCAGUACUUUAUAAGUUCUAUGUCCACUGUUAAAUCGUGUAUUUUGAUUGUGGAGUUUAUGUAGAUUUGAUGCACAGUUGUACAAAACGUCCCUUUUGAAAUCCUUUAUUUGCUAUUCUUCUCAGUUAAGUAACUUAUUCCAAUAAGUGUUCUAUUAUUAACAUGGCUGUAUUUGUGAUGGGAUUGAAAACAAAUAAGCAAAUAAAGUUUUUUUAUUUGUUUGUUUUUUA